UUAUUGACACCGGAAGUUUUUAUUUCGUGUUUGUCAGGGACGAUGAGAUCGAAAGUUAUUUAGUUUUUAAAAUGUUUUCUCGUAAAAUAUACAGAGCAUUUGCUCGGUUAACGACACCAUUUCACACAUCAGAUCUUUGUCGAACAGAUACGAGGUUUAUGAACUAUGUUCCAGUUGCAACUCUAAUGAAAUGUGAUCCUCCACCAACUUACGAUCAUGUGGAGUAUCCGGAGAAAAGAAGGUUGAAAUUUUUUCCUAAACUUCCCGACCUGACUCCAUCAACACGCCCAGCUAAAAUGCCUAGGAGAUUGUUUGACAUGAGAGGUCCGGAACUUGUACAUAACAAAAUCCAAUAUGGAGACUUUGCUAUACAGGCGACAGGUGGUGGUAAAUUAAGAUGGGGACAUCUAGAAAUGAUAAGAAUGACCCUCAACAGAAAAAUGGACGAUUCACGUAUGUUUGCUAUGUGGCGGAUCAGCCAACCCUGGAAAUCCGUCAGUAAGAAAGGUCAAGGCAAGAGAAUGGGAAGCGGAAAAGGUCCGAUCGAUCACUAUGUUUUUCCUGUUAAAGCCGGUCGGAUGAUUAUAGAAGUUGGAGGAAAAUGUGAAUUUAAGGAAGUUUAUCCAUUUAUGAAUCAAAUCGCGAAGAUCCUUCCGUUCAAAGCUCGCGUUGUUGAUCGUGAGUUUCUAGAAAAAGAGAAAGAACAUGAGAAGUGGAUUGAAGAGAAUAAUAUUAAUCCGUUUAAUUUCAAGGAUUGUAUUAGAAAAAACUAUUUAGGUUGUAGUACUUGGGUUAGUCCAUAUGACUUUAUUUUUAACGGCAAACACAGAUAGUGUAUUGGUUAAAUAGAGAAUGGGUGUGGUCAGAUUAUACAUUAAAAGUAUUCUCAUAUAAA